AAAAGCACAUAACAUACAAUAUAAUACUGACUUAUAUCUAGGCGCCCAUACACCUAUCCACAAGCUAGGCUUAUUAAAUAAAUAAGAACGUUCUUUACUAAGGUACGGCCAUUGUACCACAUCCACUACGUACUGCUACUGUACGAGUGUUGAUAAGGUUUGCCCCGUACCUCGAGUAACCCUAAGUGUUAACCACGUACACACACUCCGUACCUAUCCGUACUAGUAUUGGUAAUGUUGUAUUGUACUCUUUAAGCAUCAUACACUAUACCAAUACACUCAGUACUGCUACCGUACUAGUGUUGGUAGUGUACAAAUCACAAAGAGCAUACAUAUUGGUUACCUUUGAUUUACACCACUUGAUUUUAACACUUCCUCCAAAUCACACCAAAAACCCCAGGUUCUUGCUAGGCUAGAAGGGAAGAGAGAGAGAGCAAGAAAAUUUGAGUUUUUCUUCCUUUUUUUUUAAUUAACUAAUUCUCUUACGGUUACAUGCCCCAAAUAAUUACUAUUUUACUCGUUAAUAAUUAGUGCUUGCAUGAACUUUUUCAAAGUGUUCUUAUUUUAAAUUUUUUUUUUUAUAUUGUAGAGCUAGUUUUGACUAUGCGUGUGACAGAGAAGUGUGAUGUUUAUAGUUUUUCCUGUUAAUUAUUAGUAAUUUCUGUAAAUUAUUGAUUAUGAGUGGCGGCUUUGGAUGUAUUUUAAUACAAAUGUUUGCUUUGAUGGCAAUUGCUAAUUACUUAUCAAUUACCCAAAAUAUUUUUCUGGUAAUUGAAUCACGAUUUGGAACUACCAUCUACAGAAUUUUGGUCAAAACUCAAUUAAUUAAUACGUGUAGGAUUUAAAUUUAUUAUAAAAAUGUCAUAAAAAGAGAGUUUGGAUUCUUACUUUUGAGAAUCAAGAACGUGAUACUAAUUUAAUAGUUAAGUUAUUACUAUAUGAGAGCUUGUUAUUAUUGUAUAUAUAAAUGUGUGUUUAAUACUAAUAAGUUAUAAGAUGAAAACAUGAUACAUACAUUGUGUUAUUACUAUAUAUAUGUAUAUAAGAGAGAGAGCAGAAAAUUAUUAGGACCAUCAAGUCAACACCAUGAAAAGAGCUCCAAUAACUUGUUUCUCUCUUCUUCUUCUUCUUCUUCAUAUUUUUGUGAUUUCAUUACUUCCAUUGAAGGUUGCUUCCUCACCAAGAGCACAAGCAGAGGCUCUUAUAAGAUGGAAGAACAGCUUGGUGGUGAGACCAUCUUCUCUGAACUCAUGGUCCAACAAUAACAUUGGCAAUCUUUGCAACUGGACUAAUGUUGUAUGUGAUGAUUUUAUUGGAGAAAUCUCGCAAAUAGAUCUCUCCAACAUGGACCUCAAUGGGACAUUGGAUCAGUUCAACUUCGCUCCAUUACUUAACAUCACCGUCUUCAACAUCAACAACAACAAACUCGCUGGUUCGAUACCAACAGCCAUUGGUAAUCUCACCAAGCUCACUUUGUUAGACUUGAGUGACAAUUAUUUUGAAGGAGAAAUUCCAGUGGAGAUAAGCCAAUUGUCAGAGCUUCAAUAUUUGAGUCUCUUCAACAAUUCUCUUGAGGGGCCAAUACCUUACCAACUCACCAUUCUACCAAAGGUAUGGUAUUUAUCACUUGGAGGUAAUGAUUUGGAGAAUUCUGAGUGGUCUAAAUUUUCAAGCAUGCCUUCCUUAACUUACCUUGAUAUUUAUUUGAAUAUGUUUAAUUCAACAUUCCCAGAUUUCAUAUCGAAGUGUAGGAACUUGACCUUCCUUGACAUGUCUCAAAACAGUUGGACUGGCUCAAUUCCAGAAUCUGUGUUUUCCAAUUUGAUCAAACUCCAAUCUUUCAAUCUCACGAAUAACAAAUUUGUGGGAAAUUUGUCGUCUAAUAUUUUUAAACUUUCUAAGCUCAAACACAUUCAUUUACAAACUAAUUUUCUCACCGGUAAUAUUCCUAGUGAAAUUGGUCUUUUGCAUAAUCUUGAGGUUCUUGAACUGUAUGAAAAUUUCUUUAGUGGGAGUAUUCCUUCUUCUAUUGGCCAACUGAAAAAUCUAUCACAACUUAAGACAUUGGAUCUUUCUUCUAACAAUCUCACGGGUCCAAUUCCAAGAUCUAUGUGGAACCUCAAAAGCCUCAUCAUUUUGUCUGUAGGUAACAACCAACUGUCAGGAGUGUUGCCAGUUAAUAUUUCUAGGCUUAAAAAUUUGGAGGUGUUAUCUCUUUUCGCCAAUAAUUACAUUGGUUCAAUUCCUUUGGAAAUUGGAAACUUGAAAAAACUUAUAAGUUUGGUUCUUUCUAGGAACCAGCUCACAGGUCAUAUUCCAACUUCUCUAUGGAACCUCAAAAGCCUCAUUAUUCUCCAACUUUUCAAAAACAAUUUGGUUGGAACAAUCCCACCAGAGAUUGGAAAUCUAAAACUCCUGUCAGCUUUUGAUGUAUCUAUCAACCACUUAUCUGGAGCCCUACCAAUUAAUAUUUCAAGGCUAAGUAACUUGGAGAAAUUGUAUGCAUUAAGAAAUAAUUUUACUGGUUCUAUUCCUUUAGAGAUUGGAAACUUAAAGAAACUAAAGCACUUGUAUCUUUCUCAAAACCAUCUCACGGGUCCUAUUCCAUCCACGCUAUGUAACCUCAAAAACCUCACCGAUUUGCAACUUUACGAAAACAAUCUAGUUGGAACCAUCCCACGAGAGAUUGGAAAUCUAGAAUUCCUCACAUAUUUUGAUGUGGGCUCCAAUCAAUUAUCAGGAGAGUUGCCACUAAAUAUUUCUCGUCUUAGUAACUUGGUGCUUUUCUCUGUUUUUAAUAAUAAAUUCACUGGGAGAAUACCUAGAGACUUUGGGAAGAGCAUUCCUAUUUUGAACUUUGUUGCAUUUGGAAACAACAACUUCUUUGGACAUUUGCCACAAGGUUUGUGUAAGGGGUUCAAUCUAAAAUAUUUUAGUGUAAGCAACAAUAGCUUUACAGGGACAUUGCCCGAGUGCUUGAGAAAUUGCACCAAAUUAGAAAGAGUGAGGCUUGAUGGGAAUCAAUUCGUAGGAAACAUUACCAAUGCUUUUCAUGUUCACCCAGAUCUUGAUUCCAUAUUCUUAAACAACAACCAAUUCAUCGGCCAUGUGUCAAGCUCAUGGGGACAAUGUCAGAAUCUCACUAGAUUACAGAUGGGUCAAAAUAAAAUCUCCGGUAAGAUCCCUCCAGAACUCGGGAGUUUGGCAAAGUUGAAAAUUUUGAGUCUAGAGUCCAAUAGAUUGAUUGGGCCAAUUCCAACUCAAUUGGGAAAUCUUAAACUUUUAUACCAGCUUAAUCUCAGCAAUAAUAAUCUGACAGGGGUAAUCCCUACGAGUCUAUCAAACUUGAGUGGGCUAGAGCAUCUUGAUUUGUCGACAAACAAUUUAGCAGGUGAAAUACCAGAUAGGUUAGGUAAUUGUGAAAGAUUGUUGAGCUUAAACCUCAGUCACAAUAUGUUAUCUAGUGAAAUACCACCAGAGCUUGGAAAUUUGGUAUCUUUGCGUUCUGUAUUGGAUCUUAGCAGUAAUUUACUUGUUGGAGAGAUACCCUCAAGCCUGUCGAAGCUUACAAUGCUAGAGAUGCUCAACAUCUCUCAUAACCACCUCUCAGGUAGUAUUCCACAAUCAUUUUCCAACCUAAUAAGCAUAAGUCACAUUGAUUUUUCUUACAACAACCUAAGGGGUCCAAUCCCGACUGGAGCCAUUUUCCAAAAUGCUUCAAAAAGUGUUUAUGAUGGAAAUCUUGGAUUGUGUGGAAAAGCUACAGGACUUGAGCCUUGCAGAAGGCAUAGAAACAAAAUAAGCAAUGGUCUUAUUUUGGUUAUUGGUCUUGUUUGUGGUCUAGUUCUAUUUUCUAUUGUCAUUAUAAUCACUCUCAUAUUGUGUCAUAAAUUCAAAGUGUUUGAUAAGCACAAAAAAGAUUCCAACAAAAAUGACACGCAUCAAUCAUUGAUAUGGGAGAAGGAAGCAAAAUUCACAUUUGGAGAAAUUGUAGAGGCAACUGAAGACUUUGACGACAAGUACUGCAUUGGAAAAGGAGGCUUUGGCACCGUUUACAAGGCUAUAUUAAGAUCACAAGAGCUAGUUCUUGCGGUUAAGCGGUUGCACAUGUCAGAUUCGAGUGACAUUCCAGAAGUUAGUCGCACAAGUUUCCAGAAUGAGAUUCGAGCUCUGACUGAAGUCCGACAUCGAAACAUCGUAAAACUUUACGGGUUCUGUUCCAGAAACAAUGGUUUGUAUUUGGUGUAUAAGUAUGCAAACAAGGGUAGUCUUGCUAAAGUAUUAUAUGACUCAACAGAUCUUGAUUGGGAUUCAAAGGUGAAGAUAGUUCAAGGAUUGGCCCAUGCAAUCUCAUACUUGCACCAUGACUGUUCUCCACCAAUCCUUCAUCGCGACGUAUCCUUGAACAAUGUACUACUCGACUCGGAUUUCGUUCCCAUAUUGUCAGACUUUGGCACAGCUCGAUUGUUGAUUCCUAACUCAUCUAUUUGGACAAAUGUUGUUGGAUCCUACGGCUACAUGGCCCCGGGUAAUUACUAUUUUACUCAAUAUUAACUAGUUCUUGCAUAAACGUUUUCAAGUGUUCUUGAUUUUUAAAAUUUGUUUUGUUGUGCAGAGCUGGCUUUAACCGUGCGUGUGACUGAAAAGUGUGAUGUAUACAGUUUUGGAGUGGUAGCUUUGGAAAUUAUGAUGGGAAAGCACCCACAAGAACUUUUGGAAUCUUUAUCAUCAUCUCAAUCGAAAAUAUCAUCAGAGAAUAUGCUACUGAAAGAUAUGUUAGAUCAACGGCUAUUACCUCCUACAGGUAGAUUACUAAUGGUUGUGGUGUUAGUGGUGAGCUUGGCAUUGUCAUGUACUAGAAGUAGACCAGAUUCACGACCCACUAUGCAUUUUGUGGCACAAGAACUAUCGACAAGGAGUCGAGCUUCCAUGAUCUCUGUGCCAUUGAGAACCAUUACUAUUGGGAAGCUUUCUACCCUUUACUAUCAGUAGUAGAAAUAUAUAAAUAUUUUUGAGAAGAAGAAGAAUAUGAAGAAUAUUUGCUCUUUAUUGCUUGUGAGUAAUAAUUAUCUGUAUAUGAUUGAAAUAAAAUAAUAAUAAUAAUAAACAUCCAUAAGGGAAAUUUGAUUUUCUAUACUUAGAAAAUCAAAAAAAAAUUUCCCUAAACUAAAAAUUUAAAACCUAAAAAAACUAUUCCUUUUUUUUCAAAACCCCAAAAAUACCCCCCUCACAAUAUUCUCUCUCUCUGCAUCAUCUCUCUCUCCCUCUAUCUCACCCCAACCGCCCACCCUCACCCGAACCACCCUCACCCACCCACGUCAACCCCAACGCCGAUCACCACCCUCACCCCCGUCGACCACGACCCCAACCCCUCCGACCCCAACCCCAACCCGAAAGAGCAACCCCAACGCCGAUCUCUCCCUCUAUCUGAAACUUUUUU